AUGUCUAUUAACGCAACUAGAACCAAAUCAGAGGCCGUAAUGCCUGAGAGCACCGCUUCUUCGGCAGCCGCCAAAGAAGCAAACACUGCCAAUCAAGAAGGCAUCAAGUUGCCCAUUGCAUCCAUUUCAGAUGUGUUAACGUUGGAAUUGAUCGAAAAACACCUUGACACCUUGUCUCCAGACCAGUCAUCUCAAUUAUAUGCGAGUCACUUACCUGAAUCUACGAGUCCCACAAAACACGAAAUCUUGGAUGUGGUAAGAAGCGGGUUUUUCCAGCAAUCUACGAACAAAUUAAGCGAGCUGUUGAGAGAAGGAAGUGGUGCUGGAUACCUCUUAGCCCAGAGUUUGAAAUAUGAUUAUCAAGGGGAGGGUAUUGAAUCUUUCUUGAACGGUGUGAGAGAUUUGGGCAAAAAGGAAGAAAAAGAAAAAGAGGAACAUCCUAGCGUCGAUUAUAAUAAGGAAGAUGAAACGAAUCAAUAG